CUCGCAUCCUGAUCUGGAGUCACAUUGAAGGAGAGUACCAAGGUACCUACACUACUUAGGUAAGUUAAUCCGUACGCGCAAGUGAGGUGCAUGCUGAUUCAGCUACUAGUACUACAUACGUACUGCCACUAAGGCAGCGCCUUAUAGUAGAAGCGCGCAAACUGCCGACGGGAAUAACCUAUUUGUGAAUUGCUUGGCCUCAUCUCGGCAGUCCUGAGCCAUGCGCGAGCGGAUCACCUAUGUCCAAAAACUGGGCGACUCCUUGGAGCCUUCGGCGGUCACGGUCGACAGCAGCGGAAUCAGCGGCCCCGAGGUGCACGCCGUCCGCGAAGACCGGCUGACGAUAGCGCUCGACGAGCUGCCCCCAGAGCUGCGGUCGUUGGUUACCGAUGCCCAAGAUCUCCAUAUCCGAUGGGUCAGCGCGGCCUCCUACGAGCUGGUGAGCCCGCUGCUGGCAAGACUGCCGCCUGGCUUCCAUCUCUUUUACAGUCCGGGGAGAAAUAAUUCUGUAUCAAACAAGCUGUGCUCGACGUUGGCCGACAUAUUUGGAGAGAUCUCCUGUUCCACUCCUGCGAAAUCAUUCACGGAUUUGCGCAAUGGGCGCUUCCAGUACUUCCAAGAGCUCGGCGGCCUGACGCACUUGAUUGAGUAUGCCAAAGGCCGGCUGUGCCACCCGGCCGACGAUAAUGGCUGCUCGGCCAGGAUAGAAGCCCUGUCGACAGCCGGCUCACUCGAUGUCUCGUACGAGACCAGCCAGAACGUCUUGCGUAUUACCGCCCUGUGGCCUUACCAGCGCCGGCGGGUGCGUGCCGCCUCGCACCCGCGUCUCCGCACCGAAGUGGGCAUCCUCUCCACGGACAAGCCCAAGACGCUCGAAGCACACGAGGUCGGUAUCUCGGGGCUUCUGACGGUCCUGGGCCAGGACUCCAAGCCGUCCCCGACCAUGUUCUCCUUUGCCUCGCGGCACCGCGACGCCGAAUCCGCUUUCUCGGCCCGGUUCCUCGCCCCGACCGGCCUCCAUCCGACGCUCCAGCUGCGCCUCACCUCCAGGAGCCCGCGUCCCCUGUCCGAAGGCGAGGGCGGCGACGCCAGGUCCUGCCACCCCUACGCCUACCUCACGCUCCCGCGCACAAUCUUUGCCGACAAGUAUCAGCUCUCAGAUCCGCUCUUCCUCGCCUCCAAGAACCUCGCGGCCCUGCGCCACACCACCCAGCCGGUCGACCUCGAGGCGCCAGAGUAUGCCAUGAGCCAGUGGGGCUCGGCGAUCCUCGUACAGCUGGCGCCGCCCGAGCCCGAGCCCGAGCCCGCGCCCUCCUCUUCAUCUGCGUCCCGUUCCCGGGGGAGGAAGAGCGGUGGGGACGGGCAAGACGGAGCGGAGGACGAGUGGACGGCCGAGAUCCCCCUCCACCUCCGCUACCUCGCCCCGACGCGCGGCGGGUACGCGACCAUCUCGGUGCCGUACCCGGCCGUGUUCUGGGCCUGCGAGCCCGAGCAGGAGGGGGCGGUGGCGUUCCCGCCGAAUCCGUUUGAGAAGGCGCAUCUGGGGUAUGACGGCCUAUUCGAGGAGGGAACGGUGUUUUGGCACGUGCAGCCAAGGCCGCCGCCCGGGAGCGUCGGUGACGGGCUGCUGGUGAACGAGGUCAGGGUGCCGGUGCUGGACGUGGAAAAGGCCGGAUGGGUCAACGCCGGAACGGCGGCGGCCGUGGCGGUCGGGUUUGCGUGGAUCGUGUGGAAGCUGAUCGGGGUUCACUUGCGCCAUGGUUAUGGGGGUGGCGUUGAGAGAGAGGAGGAGAAGGUGAAGAAGAGACAGUGAUGCGGGGAGCGUGUACACUACUAACUUGCGGGUGCGAGUAUGCAGAUGCAACGGUGACGUGACUUUGGAUACUUUUGUUACAUUAUCAAUUCUUUCAGCGGCCUUGCUGCUGACGGCGCCGAAGCUAGUGGCCUAGUGGCCUUGUUUGGCAAACGACGGGAGCAACUGGCAAAGACACGAGCUGUUGAUCAACGAACGUCUCGACCACAGAGUAGGACACCCUCCCAAGUAAGCGACGACCGAGGACCUAGUUAUGUAAGAAUUAUUAUCUUCUGUACUGCACCACAGCACGAAUGUCAAGCCUUGGCAGCGAAGCCUGCCUCUCGCCUCUCGAAGCAUCUCUCGGGCGACCACUCUUCUACCAAGUAGAC